CGCCGGCUCAGUCUGUGACGUCAGCGCGGUCUGCCGCUACUAGCGGCUCAUUAAAGAUGGCAGCGGCGAAGGAGAGCAGGUUGAAGCAGCGGAAUCACAAAAACAGCGUCUUCACGGAAGGUGACCACAGCUUUAUACCAGACUCUUCCCUGAUGAUGCAGGAGGAGGACGACGACGAUGACGACUAUGGCGACGAUCUGCUGGAUGAGGAGGAGGAGACAGAUGAGGAGGUGGGCGUGGCCAGGCCUGUGCAGAUUGUAGUGGCAAACGAGGAGGAGCAUUCUUUCACGCUGCAGGAGGAGGCGCUAGAGAGGCUGCUGCUGCAGGAGGAGGUGCAGGACCUCCAUGUGGUCGUCGUCUCCGUGGCCGGAGCUUUUCGCAAGGGCAAGUCCUUCCUGCUGGACUUCAUGCUGCGCUACAUGUACAAACAGUCCAGUUCAUGGGUCGGUGACGAGGACGAGCCUUUGACAGGCUUCACCUGGCGCGGCGGCUGUGAGAGAGAGACCACGGGAAUCCUGGCCUGGAGCGAGGUGUUCGUGGUGGACAAACCAGACGGCAGCAAGGUUGCAGUUCUACUAGUUGACACACAGGGGGCGUUUGACAGUCAGUCUACCAUCAAAGACUGUGCCACACUGUUUGCACUGAGCACCAUGACCAGUUCUGUCCAGGUUUAUAAUCUGUCUCAGAACGUCCAGGAAGACGACCUUCAGCACCUGCAGCUCUUCACAGAGUACGGACGACUGGCCAUGGAGGAAGUCUACGAGAAACCUUUCCAGAGUCUGAUGUUCUUGAUCCGAGACUGGAGUUACCCUUACGAACAUUCAUACGGUCUGGACGGUGGGCGGAGCUUCUUGGAGAAACGUCUGCAGGUGAAGCAGAACCAACACGAGGAGCUGCAGAACGUCAGGAAACACAUCCACUCCUGUUUCUCCAACAUCGGCUGCUUCCUGCUGCCUCAUCCCGGCCUCAAGGUGGCGACCAACCCGCAGUUUGACGGUCGGCUCAGAGACAUCGACCAGGACUUUAAACGUGAGCUGGUGAAUCUCGUCCCGACGCUGCUGUCUCCAGAAAACCUGGUGGUAAAAGAGAUCGGAGGAGAGAAGAUCACGUGCAGGGACCUGCUGCAAUACUUCAGAGCUUACAUGAAGAUCUACCAGGGGGAGGAGCUUCCUCAUCCAAAGUCAAUGCUGCAGGCAACAGCUGAAGCCAAUAACCUUGCAGCUGUAGCCGGAGCCAAAGACGUGUACAACAAAAGUAUGGAGCAGAUCUGCGGCGGAGACAAACCCUACAUCUCGCCGACGGAGCUGGAGCGCCGUCACGCGGAGCUGCGGCAGGCGUCGGUGCGACACUUCCGUGCCGUGAAGAAGAUGGGCGGCGAGGACUUCUGCCGGCGCUACCAGGAGCAGCUUGAGGCGGAGCUAGACGAAGCCUACGUCAACUUUGGCAAGCACAACGACGGCAAGAACAUCUUCUACGCUGCGCGGACGCCCGCCACGCUGUUUGCCGUCAUGUUCGUCAUGUACGUGGUGUCGCUGGUCACUGGCUUCGUGGGCAUCAACUCUGUGGCGGCGCUGUGUAACCUGGUGAUGGGCGUGGCUCUGACGGCGCUCUGCAUCUGGGCUUAUGUCAAAUACUCUGGAGAGUUCCGUGAGGUGGGAGGAGUCAUCGACCAGGUGGCUGAAAUAAUCUGGGAACAGAGGACGCCACGAAAGCUUCUCUCCAAACUCUUCGACGUCGCCCGGAGUCGAGUUCCGUUGGGGAAUCUGAUCCCAGCACCGCGGCCUCGCCUCGCCUCCAACAACAACGUCAAGAAGAAAAACUAGCAGCGGCGGCACCGUCGUCCUGGUCAUGUGACACUUUCUCUCCUCUCCCUCUGUGCUCUCUCGCUCUCCACUCUGAGGCGUGUGCAUCAGUUUUUGUUUAGAUGAAGGGUCCUCGUUGCGUUUGAUGUAUUUUAUUGUGUAGUGGGCGGGGUUUAAGUAUUUAUUGGUGGGCGGGGCCAUUGUCGACAUCAACCAUUCCCAAUGUAUGUGAAUGAAGAGCGUGACCACACCCACUUCUUCCUCGAGGACGAGUCGCGAAGUUUCUCUCUCUGACACAGAAGUAAGAACUCUAA